CAACACUUUGUUGCGUUUUUCAUUCAAUCUCUUCUUUUCUGCACGAAACGACUGAAAAUUCCUGUGAAUAUUAUAAGAUCUAAAAAAAUACGAAUAAAUAGAAUAAUUUGCGUUUUAUGUGCGAACUAUUUAAUAAACUAUAUUCAGUUACAAAAUUUAAUUUGUUUCUAAUUAAUUGUGACAAGUUUUGCAAACGAAUUGUGAGGUGAGUGUGUGUACGUGAGGUGUAUGUUCGAUGUUUUGUUUCAGCAGUGGCAGCAGUAGUGGCUGAGACAGGCAGAAAAAGCUGUAAUAUAGAAUCAUCGGCGGAGGUGAGGAGCACAGUGUAAAAUAUAAGCUCAAGGAACGGAUGAAUGAUAGAAAGCGAAAUGCGAGAUGGUCAAGUGUAAAAAGCAAAUACCAAUAAAGAGAUAUGUAAUCGAUCAAACGAAAACAGAAAAAUUACAGGCAAAUAAAAAUGUCUAAAAAACCAGGAAGAAAAACUUUAUACAGUAAACAUUGCCAACAGAAAAACGCUACGCUUCAACGACAACAUAGUGAUCGCUCGUUCACACUGUCUCCAACAUUAAAAUUAUAGCCAGUUAGCAAUCGGACUGUCCUAUUGUAAUUGACUCCAUCGAAAGACACGGGUGGAGUGCAACGGGCAGCACAACAACCUUAAUGAGAGUGCAAUAGAAGCGGAAAUAUGCUGAACGAAAGCAACUUUAUGAUGUGUCUUGCAGGCACGGAACUGGUAUGGUUUUAGCCAGUAACGAAUGGCUUAACACUUGCGAAGAUGAACAAAAGUCGGCUUCGGGGAAUUCACAAACAGCGUCAACAACAACUGCAACCACCGCCGCACCCGCGCCACCAAACCACCAGAUUGCCGGCUCCACGCCAGCUUCCACAACGACACAGAUUGUAACUCCAAUAACAUCGAGCAUAAUCACAUCAGUUACAUCAACGCGCAUAUUCAGCGUAAAUAACGAAAUUAUGUCGGAAAAUUCAGCUAACGAAGCACAUCAGCCAAUGCAGCAACCGUCCGUUAAUCAAAAGAGCAGCAUCAGCGAUGGUCUGCCAGCGGCAGUUAGUCUAAAUGAUGUGAAUACCCCGAAUGCUCAAGAGUUUGUCAAUAAUAAUAGCGAAGUAUUGAACUGUGAUACUUCAAAUGCAAAUUCAAUUUCUAAUGCAAAUGCCAACAGCAAUAUUGAUGCUAGCAUCAGUGGUAGCUGUGGAGGUGUGAAUGCAAAUAUCAACACUAAUAAUGCCAAUUUGUAUUCCAAUCCGAAUUCAAAUGCAAGUACCCUACAAUCCGCUAUUGUACGCCAAUCGAAUGCAGGCAAUCACAUGCCGCUGAGCUGCCCCAUUACUCCGCAAGCGCUGAGCAGCGCACUGCAGUCGGUUAUGAACGCUAGCAAAAAUGCCAGUAUUUCUGGUUCACCAGCCGUCGGAAAUUUACCAAACACUUUCCUCAGUACAUUGGAUAUAGGGCUAGGUAAUAAUGCUUCACUACAACAGACCGUAAAAGAGCUCAGUUCGGCUUUCUGCGCUGGUCUGAUUGAGUCACAAUCGAAUAUGGCCAAUAACGCCACAAAUGUUGCACAGAAUGUAGGUAGCAGCACCAACAUAAGUAUGAAUCUAGAAUCAACGGAAAGUAAUGGCCAGGCGAAAAUUAUUUUGUUCUGCGAGGCUAACUCGCACCCCUUCCAGACACGCACCAUAUUCCUCACGCCAAACAUUGAAUGCAAAGUAGGACGUUUAAUAGCGAAAAGUAAAGCUUCCGAGUCAAACGCAAUAUUCGAUUGCAAGGUACUAUCGCGCAACCAUGCAGUGCUGUGGUACACCGAUGAUGGCAAAUUUUGGGUUAAAGAUACAAAGUCCUCGAAUGGCACCUUCAUUAACGAAAAUAAACUAGGCAAUGAGGCUGCUGAGCUACAUUUCGGCGAUAUCGUCAAAUUCGGCGUCGAUGUACUGGAAAAUUCGCGCAAAGAAGUCCAUGGUUGUAUUAUCGCUUUUGUAAAGUUAUAUUUGCCUGAUGGCCGUGAGGCGAUAUCAAUCGAUACGACCACCCAACGCUCUCAGUACUCUGGUGAAGGCCGUAUCAGUUACGAGGAAAUGCACCGCUUGAACUUGUACAUGCAAGAGGUGUCGCAGCGGGAAAAGGCGCUAAAAUCGAAAUUAUUCAAUAUUCAAAAUGUUUUGGAUGCCACACGAAAAAAUUCGGCCCUGUGCUGGCAGUCUCUCAUUGCUGAGGAUCAGUUGCUUCAUCGCAUCAAUUCGUUGGAGAAAAAAUUGCAGAUUAUGGAGAAGAAUGUGCCAGAGAGCGUGUUGCGAAAUGAGGUUUUGAAACUGCUCGAAGAUAAAAAUUCAUAUCAAGUAACAGCCAAGGAAGCCUUACGUAAAGUUUACCAAGAGCGAUGCGACGCUUUGCAAAUGCUCUCGAAAAUGGAAUUGGCGUAUGCCAAUUCCGAUGGCGAAUGUAAAAUUUUGCGCGAUCAAAUUAUGAGUACGAAACAGUCGCUACAGGACGUUAACACACGUUUGCAGCGCCUCGAAACCGAUUACAAUGAAUAUAAAGAGGAGGCCGAACGUAAACAACAGGAGAUUAAAGAACAAGAGGAGCAGCGUAUUGCAGAUAUAUCAGAGAAAUUGCAACAGCGUGAAUUAGAGUGCGACGAUUUGCGUCGCCGUGUGUCUGAAUUCAUGCUACAGCAUGCUGAGUUGGUGGAUGAUGAGGAAAAAAAAUUGCAGUUACAGGCCAUUGAGAAGCUAGAUGCUGUAAUAGGCGACAUGGAUUUGGGAGAGGAUGACGACGACGAAGACGCGAACGAGAACGAAGCGAAAGGGGACGAGGGUGAUAUUAAAAGUAAGGAAGAUGGCAACGAAAAAGAAUGUGCCAAAAAUUAUUUGCAUCAGCCGAGAGUCACAAAAAGUUUAGAUGCAAUGAAUGGAGUGGACACGAAAAUCCUGAUUAGCAGCGCCGAAAAAGAGGUUUUAAACACUUCAUCUCAAUCGGAUGUUGCCCUAAAGAAAAUCAAGCAAAAAGGUAACGCUAAGGAAUCGACGAUUCUCAAAUGGCUGCAAAAUUCCGAUCUGAAUCAAAAGGAAGGUUCCCUCGACAUUUUCAAAGCCAUUUGUAAUGAGUCUGAUUCGAGCGAUGAACAUGAUCUUCCAGUGAAUGAAAAUGAUGCCGUGAACGUUGACAGUGAAAGCGGUAUUGAUACGAAUACUACCUCACUCGAGGAGAUUAAGCUAAAAUACAAGAAAUCCAAAAAUAAAUUACAAAGCGUACAAGCUAUACUAUGUCAAUUGGUAGAAGCAGAAAUGGCGAAAGAGUGCUAUAAAUCAACAGGUGCUGAUGUAACUGAGCACAUCGAUGCAGAAAAUGAAAAUGAGGCUUUAAAAUUCUCACGAAAAGAGGACGAAUGCACUUCGAAAAAUGAUGACCAGAGGUUGGCUUUGCUACAAUCCAGUGUAACGAUUCUUAAUGAGGCGUACAAAGAACUCUGCGAUAGCCUUACUGAGCAAGAGCUACACAAAUCAUUAGCAGCGGACAUAAAAGAGAUAUCACCGCCACCGACAAUAACUGUACAAACACAAUUGCAAAACAAUGCGCCAUCUAAAACAGGUGGCAGUGCCACAAGCAAACUGCUCUCACAGGAUACCCUGAAGCCGCUUACAGAGGCUGUUGAGGAUGAAGCGGCAUUAUACGACUUGGAUGAGAAUAAUCUGUCAACGGCAAAGGCAUCAAAAAAUGAUGAAUGCACUACUACAGUGACCACACCUUCGACAAUCGUUUCACCAGGCGAUGUAGCGGAUAGAGAAAUGAGUAUAAGCGAUGAAGUGCGCGCAUAUCAGGAACAAAUAAAAGAGCUUAAUCUAAAGCUUGAACAAGUGGAGAGUGAUGCACAAAAUACGCUAGAGAUAAUGCAAAUUGAAUGUGACACUUUCAAGGAGAAGGUAACUCAAUUGUCCAAAGUAGUUCAAAAAGCGUGCGAAGAGAAAAAGGAACUUGAAAGGUUGCUUGAUGAGCGGACCAGUAUGGAGGAAACAGUUAUGCCGGCAGAACAAAUUAAUGAUAGAAAUGAACAACAAAUGGAUGCGGUCAUCAAAUUACCACUGAGUGCGUCAUCAUUGCCUUUGGCUAGCGAAACGAAAAAUGAGUUUGAGCUGCAUGAGAGCUUCGAUGAUGAAUUGCUGUCCUCGGAUAACAAAAGUGUUGCUGGUGGCAAAAUGGAUGCCGAUUUCGAAACGCAAUUGCGUGAAGACUUAGCGGCCAUAAAUAGUACUGCACUGCAGCGGGAGGAGGAGCUGAUUGUGUACAAAGAACGACUGGAGAGGACGCAAAACGAUAAUCUGCAGUUACGCAACGACAUAGCGGCACUGCUACUGAAAUCGGGCACACAGGCUCAAACGCAUAUGGUGAAGCAAAUGCUGGCGUACGGCACAGCAGUAUUGGCUAUCAUUGUUUACUUAUUUACAAUGUAUUUCUAAGUGCUGCUGUUUAAUCUAUGUUUAUGUCGUAAGCAAAUCCAAACGAGGAACGGAGAUAUAUAUACAAUACGACAGAGUGGGAGCAUGUGAAAGCUAAAUUAGAUAAAAUUAGAACCAAGCGAACGAAUACAAAGUAGGAAAAUACAGCGAGAGUUAGCAACAUAUUGUUAUUAAAAGUUGGUGCACAGUGUAAAUUCAUUCGCUACAAUGGUCACACGAGAUAAAAUGGCUGCCAUGACAUAAGGAUUUAAAGCUUUUUAAAAUCUUAGAGCCAAACAUAAUCUGUCUCAUAGAUAACGGGUUGGUUCACUAUUUCGACAUAUCGAAUUUUCCCAAUCAUCAACAUAGCGAUGUUUUUAAUUAUUAAAAGGCAACUAACAGGCUUAAGGUCCGAUCGAUAUUUUCCUGCCAAGUGCUCGUUCUGCCUACAUUGCGCCACACACACAUCAACCGAAAAAAUCUUAUUAUAUGGGAAAAAUUAGAUUCAUUUAAAAAAAAUGUAGAUAUUAGCGACCUUUUAGUUUGUAAAAAUAUUUAAAUUGCCACAAAAAUUAUUAUUACUAAGGUAAACGCAGUAAGCAACAAUCGCAUAACAAACCAAUUCAUACAAACAAAUAAAGCUUAAUAAAAACAAAACAAUAUAUAUAAAAGUAAUGUACAACUUAAAUUAUAAAUGAAAAGCGAACACAAAGAGCAUAGCUAAACGCCAAGAAAAUGUAUCUCUAUUAACGUACGUACAUGCGUAUAUAAUUCAAUAAAAUAAAAAAAAAAAAACGUGUGUGCUAAAAAGAACAUGUAUUAAACUGUAUGUAUGUGUGCAUUUAAAUUUAGUGUGGCGAUAUUUCCAAAAACAAGCAAAUCAAAAAGUAAAUACUUUUUAAACAAACAUAGACAUUUGAGCCUCACACUCAUCUCUGCUGCUAGCCGGGCUGUUGUUACCUAGUUGUUAUUGCAUACCAGUGCAUUGCAUCUAAGCGAAUGCUGCAUUUGUUUAAAGUUAUAUUUAAAUUAUUGCAUACGUAGACACACAAAAUAUAAAUUAUGAAUAUAAACAAAUAUAGCAAACACGCGUACAUUGUAUAGGAACACGUAUUAGAAAUGCUAUAAUGAAAUCGUAACACAAUCACAAAAUAUAUGUAUGUAUGCUUAUUCUAUUGCUUUAUGGCGCUUAUUUAACAUUUGCAUUCAUACUCGUAUGUAUUUAAAGAAAAAAACUUAAUAUCACUACAAUUGGCCACGCCUUUAAUUAUAUGAUAACUGAUUACAUUUCAAUUUAUUUUCGACAAAAAAUAGGUGGUAAUAUAAACAAUAUUCAAACUUUUUUAUAUUUCUUUUACACUUUUCUUCAUUUGCUAAUUUAAACUUGCUAAAAAUUCAUUAAAUUUCGAAGUCCAACUCUCGCUCCGUAAGAUCAAUUUUUUUAUUUUCCAAAAACAAAAAUAUAUACUACAUAUGUAUGUCGUAUAAGCAUUGGUCAAUCGCUUUUAAGAUGCUUCAUUAAAAGCUGCUGUUUUGUUAACAAAUUUUAGACUGUUUCACACCCAUUCAAAAUGUGUGUGUGUGUGCAGCAGUGUGUGUUCUAUACUAAUUACUGAAGAUUAUUAUUUCCUGCUAUUAUCAAUUACUAUUAUUUAAAUUGUUAGAUUUUAGUUAAAAUUUUUAUUAUUAUUUGUAAUA